AUGGUCUUUCUCUCCAUCCUUCUAACUCUUCUCAGUUCUGCACAGGCUUGUCCUCCUCCACUUUCAACGAUUGGCCCUUCGACCACUAACGGUUACUCUACCUCUUUUCCCUUUACCUUCCCAACUACUACCGUAACCACGAAACCCGAACCUGAACAGGUAGAGGUGACAGUGGUCACUAGGGAGAACUACGACGUAACUUUGAACGAUGCCCACCUGCAAGCAGUAAAAGCUUUGAUUAAUGACUAUGCAAAAAUCAACGGAAUUGUCUACAAUGAAAAUUUCGUCAAAGAGACCAUAAAAAACGAGGGAGGCAAAUUUGCAAUUGUCUUCAACAUAUUAGGCGUUGGAUGUGAUCAGGUGACAAACUUCGCAACUGGAGCAAAAUACAGCAUGAACUACAUCUCCAGUGUCCGAGUCAAAUGUGGAGAUCAAGCAGAGAUUCCAAUCUAA